CACUUUGACAGCUCCUCCUCGAACAACAAUGGCAGCAGUCGAGACUUCACAACCUGCCCAGGCUGAUGUUUCCAAUAACAGCAGUGUGCCGGCUGAAGGAUAUGAGAAGAAAUGUAUUUUCUGCAAGAUUGUAAACCAUGAAAUGGGCACGGAGCUUCUUCACAGUGAUGAGGACAUCUCAUGUUUCAGAGACAUUAAACCUGGAGCUCCCCACCAUUACCUGGUCGUCCCAACCAAACAUGUAGGGAACUGUAAAUCACUCAGCAAGGAACAUGUGCCUUUGGUGAAGCAGAUGGUUGAGAAAGGGAAGGAAAUCCUCCAGAAAAACAAUAUAACAGACCUCAAUGAUGUCAGGUUCGGUUUUCACUGGCCCCCUUUCUGCUCUGUCACACACCUACACCUUCAUGUCCUGGCACCUGCCAGUCAAAUGAGCUUCAUGUCCCGCCUCUUUUACAGAAUCAACUCCUAUUGGUUUAUCACAGCAGACCAGUUGAUUGAGCUUCUCAACACUAAAGGAGAGACUAACUGAUGACUCAUGCUGGAUCCGGUUCUUACAGUACUUGACUCUGAAGUGACUGAAACAUCCAUCUUCUUGCAGAGGUCAUGUUGGAUGAUACACACUAACACCAAGUUGCUGUCUGUUUGCUGAGAGCUGAUGACAGUAUUUUAAACUGGUGACAUAUUUGUAACAACACACCACUUUUCACAAUGGAGGCCAAAUGAAGGCUUGGAUGAAGCCAAAUCUUGUUUCUUGCUGCUUCAGACAUGUCAAUGAUGGGUUUUUUACAAUCCCCAUUCAUCUGCUGUAAUAAAAAUAUAUUUACUUUUUGGACCAAGUAUAGCUGAGUAUAUAUCAUAUCAUAUAAUUCACAAGUUUUUUGAUUCCCUGACAUUCUCAAUGCUUUGAAAAUCUGAUUUUGUGCAUGCAUCACUGAGAAAAAGUAUAAUCAAGAAACAAUAAUUUGUGUAAGUCAUAUAAAUAUAUAGCAGCUGUGUCUACCAUGAGUUCCUCAGCUCUGUUGAGUUAUCUCUUUACCGAUGGGCAUUUUGUGACCCAGCGGAUGUGGGUCGGAGCACAGAGUAACAUCAUGAAGUAUUUAAAAAGCUCCUUUACAGCGGAAGCUAAAGUCAUCCUCUGACACUGUAAAGUACAGAACAUGUGAUGAACUCUACAAGUACUGAUACAGUCAGGUACACAUAAAUACAUGCUCGUAUUACAAUUUGAUUUGAUGCAUUGUCUUUGGAUUGUUAAUCAUAUAAAUUAACUGCUUGGUGAAUUAAGUGAAUAUUAUGCCAAAAGAUGCUACUGUAUACUAACGAAUGUGAAGAAAACCAUGCUGUAUGUACCAUAUGAAAGUGUAUGCACUUUAAGAAUUUAU